GUGACGGUUUUCUCCACAACACCGGAAGUGCUACUGUUAGCGCUCGCGGUGUUUCCCUGCAGCGUCUCUGAUCUGAGCCGAGCGCGUUCACACCUGGUGGGACGGAGGCGAGCCGUUUGGCGACAGACGCAGGCAGCUCCAGAUUUAAUCACUUGAGGAAUGUGGUUUCAUUAGGAGGACAGUCCAAACCUGGAUGUUUGCAUUUAUUUCAACUUCGGCGUAACUUUCACCAAUUUCCAGGUAUGGCUACGGGCGGGUUUAAGUCAAACGCAACCACUGACUUUUUGGAGGAGUGGAAAGCGAAACGGGAGAAAAUGAGGGCUAAAAUGCUGGGGGACAUAGCAGCGGCCACUGGGGUCCCCAUGAGCCCCAGCAGCAGCAGCAGCAGCCGCGCGCCGCCGGGCUCCGAGCCCAGCGCCAACCCAGACCGGAGCGCCUCCGCUGGGAACUGCCGCACCUCCUCCACCACCUCCUCCUCCUCCACCACAGUUGCUCGGUCCCCCUCAAGCGGAGCGCUGAACAGACCGGAGGAAGAAGAAGCGCACCUCCCGGCCGCAGCCCCCACCGCCCAGGGGAGCAACCUGAAGAAGGCCCCGCCUCAGAUGGAGAAGGCUCGGUGCGCUUCUCCGGACUCCAGCUCCAUGAUGGCGUGCAAUGACAGCGACAAGGACAGUCCGUCACCAUCACCCAGCAAAGGGAAGGAGAAGAAAAGCUCUGGUCCCAGUGCAAGGAAGGGCAAAGGACAGAUAGAGAAGAGGAAGUUAAGGGAAAAGAGGAGAUCAACAGGUGUAGUCAGCAUACCGUCCAAUGAGAGCCUAGAUGAGCUGGAUGAUGACGAUGCAGGAGAAAAAGACAGAAGGGAGGAAGAGGAGCUGGUUCAGGCCAACACUUUCCAGAACGAGUCCCUGAUAGUUGACCCAGCUACUGGCUACUUGGUGGAAACCCCAAGAGCUGGAUCUGGACGUUAUAAGAGCUCUGCAAAACAGGAGAUGGAAGAGGAGGCCGGUGAGAGCAGCAGACAGAGAGAAAACCGCCACAGCAGAGAGGGUGGAGGUGGUAGUCUGGAGAAGAGGGUGGAGGAGCUGGAAAGGGAGCUGGCCAUUGUUCUCCAGGAGCAAUCCAGGUUGCUGAAGGCCCUGCAGGACAAAGAGGAUAUAAUUGAGAAGCAGAAGGAAGAAAUCGAAUUGCUGAACCUGGACCUGGAUGAGAUUGAAGAUGAGAAUGAGCAGCUCAAACAGGAGAACAAGACUCUGCUGAAGGUGGUGGGACAGCUGACGAGGUAGAGCUGCUCCAGCGACGCCAACAACUCCCUGACAUCAGAUCCUGCAGUGUGGCCUGUAUCUGUUUCAUUUGGUGUAGAUUACUUUAGCUUGUCAUCAUUUAAGUCAGAUGCUGUUAAUUUGCCCCCUUUUCACCCCCCUGUAAUUACUUUUUGUACCCAUUUUUUAUUAGUACGAAAUGGGGCCAAUUGAUGUUUCAUGGUAACUUCAGUCAAGAAGCUCCUUACCAUCUGGUUUGGCAUCCAAAUUUUAGUCAAUUUUCUACAAUCAUCCUUUUUCUGCUGUUGAAAU